CGUCAACAUCCAACUACUCCGUACUCAACUUCCUCAACCUCUAAAUUCCCUUCGUUCUUCUGGUUGAACCUCCCUUUUCAUCACCACCUCGGCUUCAUUGUUCUUGCCAGAUUGAUUAUUCUCUUUGACUCUCUCUACAAAUCGAAACCCAUAUCGAUCCGUAGCUGCCCUCUCCCCCAGCCGUCCAAAACACCGCCAUCAUGGGGCUUGAGGCGACGAUGAUUGUGGUGGACAACAGUGAGGCCAGUCGGAAUGGUGACUAUCCGCCGAAUCGAUUCUCGGCACAGUCUGAAGCCACUCAACUCAUCUUCAACGCAAAGACGGGUUCAAACCCAGAAUCCGCCGUCGGUCUGAUGACCAUGGCAGGAACAGGUCCUACCGUCCUCAACACCCCCACCACGAACUUUGGCGCCAUCCUGGGAGGUUUACACGAGACCAAGAUCAAGGGACACAUCAGAUUAGGGACGGCCAUCAGCGUGGCCAUGCUGGCCCUCAAACACAGAGCGAACAAGAGUCAACGGCAAAGAAUCAUCGUCCUGAUCUGUAGCGAACUGGACCCGAAGUUUGGGGACAAGAACGACAACGAGAAGGAGCUGGUCAAGUUGGCCAAGAAGUGCAAAAAGAACAACGUCUCGGUCGACUUUGUGGCAUUCGGUGACGCCAUCGAGUCCUCUACAAAGGCAAUACUGGAAAAAUUCGUCGAGGCCGUGGGUGGUUCUUCAGGUGAAGGCAACUACCUGGUCGUCAUUCCUCCCGGACCUGGAUUGCUCGGCGACAGUCUCAUCACGACGCCUAUUGUCAACGUUGGUGGAGACGCGGGCCCGAGUGGAGGCGGCAUGGAAGGAGUCGAGACCGGCGGUGGCAGCGGUGGAGGCUUCGAGUUCGGAGUCGACCCGGCCGCAGACCCCGAAUUGGCCAUGGCUUUGCGCAUGAGUAUGGAGGAGGAACAGAACCGACUCGAGAGAGAACGAAGAGCACGAGAGGAGCAAGAGCGACAGAGUGGCGAUAGAAUGGAGACGAUAACCGAAGAAGGGGGUCAGGCACAGCAACAGCAGUCGACGAGUGGAAGUGGAGAAGGAGACGCCGACUCGAAGCAACCUCGAGUGGAAGAUGACAAGAAAGAGUGAAUUCAGGGGGUCGAUUUGAAUUGUACCAAUAUUCGAUUAGAAAGCCUUAUUGCUGAGCUGAAAGCUGAAAGAAUAAGAAUUUGGUCGAGGCGUUCACGCGAUGACUGCGUGAAAUCAUCGUAUUGAGCAGAUGGCAAAGCCCAUACCUAUCCAUUAGGCAGCUUUGUCCCAACCUAACCUCUUCAACAUCAAUCAUCAUACCUCAUGUUCUGAUUACCCGACUCCUGGAAAUCG